CGUGGAGCGGGGCCUACUGUGUGCUCAGCGGUCGGGAAAGGGAUCCACCGGGAACCGGGGAGUUUCUACUGCGGUGACGGUGUCGCCUGAGGCCGGGCCCAGGAUCCCUGCGUACCAAGGCCUUCCAAUCAGCCACCUGCCUCCACCAACAUGGCGGCUCCUCUCGUCUGCCUCCGCUAACAUGGCGGCGCCCGGGGGAAUGCUUCCGGCCGUGAUGGAGCCUGUGAUCCUCCUCCUGCUCCUGACCCUCCCGGGACUGCACCGGGCAGAAGGGGAAUGGGACCCAGCCGGGUAUCUGCUGUACUGUCCCUGCAUGGGGCGGUUUGGCAAUCAGGCAGAUCAUUUCCUCGGCUCUCUGGCUUUUGCCAAGAUGGUGAAUCGUACUCUGGUCAUCCCACCGUGGAUUGUUUACAACCACCAUCGUCCUCCGUACACCAAUGUACAUGUGCCUUUUGAGGAGUUCUUCCAGCUGCCUCCGCUCCGCCACUACCACCGAGUGAUGAGUAUGGAGGAUUUCAUGGAGAUGUUUGCCACCAAGUACUGGCCGGCUGAGAAGCGUGUGGCUUAUUGCUUUACGGCGGCUGCUCAGAGGAGCCCUGAUAAGAAAAGCUGCCCCAUGAAGGAUGGGAAUCCUUUUGGUCCUUUCUGGGAUCAUUUUCAUGUGGACUUCACUCGCUCAGAGCUGUUCGACGGCAUCAACUUCAGUGCAUAUUACAAAGAUGUUUGGCAAAGCCGGUACCCUGCUUCCUCGCACCCUGUCCUUGCCCUCCCGGGGGCCCCAGCGCAGUUUCCGGUGCUGGAGGAGCACAGGAGUCUACAGAGGUAUCUGGUGUGGUCAGAGAAGAUGGUGCAAGAGGGAGAGAAGCACAUAGAAGCAUUGCUGGUCCGCCCGUACGUGGGGGUGCAUCUGAGGAUUGGCUCUGACUGGGUUAACGCUUGUAAGAUGCUGAAGGAUGGCACUGCAGGCCCACACUUCAUGGCUUCACCUCAGUGCGUUGGGUACGACCGGCAGAAAGCAAAGCCACUCACAGUGAACAUGUGUCUGCCUGACCUGAAAGAGAUAAAGCGGGCACUGACCCACUGGGUGAAAUGGACCAAAGCGAGAUCUGUGUAUAUAGCCACGGACUCCACGUCUUACACUGCAGAACUGCAGAAGGCUCUUGGGGAGAAGGUUAAAGUUGUAAGUCUGCAACCAGAUGUGGCCCAAAUAGAUCUGUAUAUUUUAGGCCAGUCAGAUCACUUUAUUGGGAACUGUGUGUCGUCCUUCACUGCGUUUGUGAAGCGGGAGCGCGAUUUCCACGGAAAGCCUUCCUCAUUCUUUGGGAUGGAUUCAUUGGCUAGAAACCUGGAUGAGCUAUGAGAGAGCGCAGUGGGCACGAAUGGUGCUUUUUGCCAAAGUAGUGAGGCUCCUGACAUACAGCAAAGUCUAUGGACCUAGAAAUGCUAGCUUUUCAGACUUUUUGGGGGGGCUUUUACUGUCUGAGAAGGCAUGCUGAGGGGGUGUGACUCUUCAUUAGCCCCACUCCAAUCAACAUUUUUAGAAUGUGUUCAUUAAAAGGAUUAUCCAUUUAUCCAUGAUAAGAAAAACUUUGCUGUUUUCUACCAGAAACAGUGCCACCCCUGUGACUGGCUAUGAGUGGUAUUACAGAUUUGCUUCAUUGAGGUAGAAUGGACCGAAUUUGCGAUACUAUAUACAAACUUUGGACAGGGAUAAUGCUGUUUUUAAAGAAAGCAGGCAAAUAUUCAAUCUGAUUGUAUUUUUAUACAUUUUCCAUCAAAUUGGCUUCCAUAAGACUCCCAUACUUGUGAUCAUUCAUCCAGUGUCAUUGGUGGACGACAUAGAGGAGGCUUUCUGACUGUUCUCAGAUCCACAAUGAGAUGAAUGUGGAUGGAAGCUACAUAUUCCAGUAAGGCUGCAUUCACACCUCGUUUUUUACAUAUCGGUGGCGGAUCCGGCUGGGGGAGGGGCAAACCGGGCGCUCCCGUACCCCAGCCGGAUCAG